GCUCAGCGCCCUGUCUGGCUGCUGCGCUCCCAGGCGGUCCGAGGGGUGUGACCUCCCUCCCUCCCUCCCUCCCACCGCCCAGGCCCAGCCCAGGGCUGGCUAUAAAGCUGGCCCAGCCUGGCUCUCAGCACACCCCCUUGGACUCUCCUGCAGCGUCCUCAGGGGACACAUUGCUCUGCCCCUCCUCCUCCUGAGCAGCACCAUGCAGCCCCUGUGGCUCUGCUGGGCACUCUGGGUGCUGCCCCUGACCAGUCCCGUGGCGGCCCUGACCGAGGAGCAGAUCCUGGGCAGCCUGCUGCAGCAGCUGCAGCUCAGCGAGGUGCCCGUCCUGGACAAGGGUGACGUGGAGCAGCUGGUCACCCCGGCCCACGUGGGGGCCCAGUACGUGGCCCUGCUGCAGCGCAGCCACGGGGCCCACUCCCGAGGGAAGAGGUUCAGCCAGAACUUCCGAGAGGCCCCUGACCCGCUCGUGUCCCCAGAGGUGGCCGGCCGGCUCCUGGCGUCCGAGGCCUCCCGGCACCUGCUGGUGUUCGGCCUGGAGCAGCGGCUGCCGCCCGACCGCGAGCUGGUUGGGGCCGCGCUGCGCCUCUUCCAGGAGCCGGUCCCCAGGGCCGCGCUCCGCAGGCACGAGCGGCUGUCCCCGCGCAGCCCCCGCGCCCGCGUCACCGUCGAGUGGCUGCACGUCCGCGACGACGGCUCCAACCGCACCGCCCUCAUCGACUCCAGGCUGGUGUCCGUCCACGAGAGCGGCUGGCAGGCCUUCGACGUGACCGAGGCCGUGAGCUUCUGGCGGCAGCUGAGCCGGCCCCGGCAGCCGCUGCUGCUGCAGGUGUCUGUGCAGAGCGAGCCCCCGGGCCCGCGGGCCUCCGGCGCCCACAGGCUGGUCCGCUUCGCCGCCCAGGGCCCGGCGGGCGGCGCGCGGGGCGAGCCCCAGCUGGAGCUGCACAGCCUGGACCUCAGGGAGUACGGAGCUCAGGGGGACUGUGACCCUGAGGUGCCAGUGACCGAGGGCACCCGCUGCUGCCGCCAGGAGAUGUACAUCGACCUGCAGGGGAUGAAGUGGGCUGAGAACUGGGUCCUGGAGCCCCCGGGCUUCCUGGCCUAUGAAUGUGUGGGCACCUGCCCACAGCCCCCAGAGCCCCUGACCUCCAAGUGGCCAUUUCUGGGGCCACGGCAGUGCAUCGCCUCGGAGACGACCUCGCUGCCCAUGAUUGUCAUCCUCCAGGAGGGAGGCAGGCCCAGGCCCCAGGUGGUCAGCCUGCCCAACAUGAGGGUGCAGAAGUGCAGCUGCGCCUCGGACGGGGCACCUGUGCCGAGGAAGCUGGAGCCAUAGGUGCAGGUGUAGCCACUGAGGCCUCUGACUAGAUACGUGCACCGAAGCAGGUCUUAGUGUGGGUCUUAGUCUUCUGCUUAGCAAGUCCCCCCUGCCCCAGCCGAGUGCCCCUUUUUGACCUUUCCCACGUGUUCUUCCAUUUCUCGUCCUGUCCAUCACCCACCCUAAGCACUUACAUGAGUAACUAAUGCAACUCAAUUGCUGAGCUCUAGAAGGAAAUUCCAGGCUCCUUGUUAAAGGAUGUGGCUGAGCAUGGACAGAUCAUCAGCUGGGAGCUUCUGUUCUCUGGCAAAGUCUCUACUGAGUAUGAGACAACACACCCUAUGAUGAGAACUGGGGAAAGAGACUGACUUACUCUAUUACCUGAUGAAUUAAAAUAAAACCAAAAAAAUCUCUCCUUUUCCCCUAGAUAGGAUGUCUAAAAAAGAACCCCAUCCCCCAAAAUGUUGACCCAUUCUGGAUUUUUGUAGACAUACUUUGAUCUCCGUUUCCCUGAGAGAUGCUUGGAGGGAGGAAAAGGGCUUCUGGCUGGGGGCAGUGGGCAGGGAGGGAAUCAGGACACCUGGUUUCUGGAUUGGAGCCACCAGCUGUGACCUCAAGCAAAUGCACAUGCCUUUGAGCCACUGCUUCCUCUUAAAAAGGAGGAGUCAGGUUUCAGCUCUAAGACUUCAUUGCCCUGGCAAUCAGACAGCCCUAACCUCACCGCUCCUCGGGAGACCAUUGCCUGUGCAUAUUUAGCUUCUUUCCCCCACUGUUUUAGAGAACUUAUCACCAGAACCCUUAUGUAUUUACAUUUUUUUAAUUUAGCAAAAAAAAAAUUUUUUUUGAAUGUAGAUAAUCUGCUGAAAUAAUAAAAGUGAUGUUUCAUUCCA